UUGAUACGGAAUAAGCCCGACUGCCCCGCCAUUCCUUCCACCGCUGGAACCCAUCAACAAGACGACGCAUGAGACCGUGCCCAGCGCUGCAGCGACCUCACUCUCUUCCACAGCUCCCCAUACCCGACGACGAAACGUUGGUAGUCUCUUCGUAUAUUGCUUCUUAGCCGGACCUGGGCUCCAACGGGGCCGCGCACCGCCGCCAUGGCGCCGGCAGACAAUCUUUCGCCGCCGGGGUCGAGUGCCUACUCGUCCGACACGCUGACGGUUGGCGACGGGACAUGGGACUUCACCAAGAAUACGUUCCUUUUGCCCAAUCUCGUGGGGUUGAAUUUCGACACCAUGCGGUACAAUGGCAUGGGCAACCGCUUCUCAACCCUGAUAGAAUACCACUCACUGAUCCUUGGCCAUGGCGUACUCGCCGCAAUGACCUUCCUCUUCAUCGUCCCCAUCGCCGUGCUGCUGGCGAGGUUCUACACCCGUCGGCCGGGAAGCGCCGUUCGCUACCACGCCUACCUGCAGGUUCUUGCUGUUGGCCUCACGACUGUCGUCUUCGUCCUUGGCUUCUUUGCCGUCGGCCCUCCGCGAAACUUGACGAAUCCGCACCAUGGCAUCGGCGUUGCUAUAUACGUUCUGAUCCUGGUCCAGCUCGUGGGCGGUCGCUUUGCCAGGGGGCGUGUCGGCCGUCCCUCCUUCAUAGUGCAUAUGCACCGCUGGUUCGGCCGCGCCAUCGCACUGCUAGGCAUUAUUCAGGUCCCCUUGGGUCUUACGCUCUACGGUUCGCCUAAGGUGCUCUUCAUUCUCUACGCUACCUGGAUGGGAUUCCUGCUGUUGCUUUACUUCGUUCUCGAUUACCGCGACCACGGGAGACGAGAGUGGAAUAGGGGCUCCGCCCACAGUUAUGUCGGCGAGGAAAGCAGCCGUGUGACGUCGAAAUCAGGCGGAGGAAUGAAGUGGCUCGGCCCGCUCGCUGCCGGUGCUGGCGCAUUGGCGAUUCUCCGAGGUCGCAAAAAGCAUAGAGAUACAGAGAGAGGGAUGAGCCGCACCCCGAGCCCUGUGGAUCGGUCCCACGGCGGACGUCAACCGACAGUCAUCUCCUCGCGGCGCGAGUCCGACAGCUACUACGACGAGAAAGAGCCAGAGCGGCAUCGUGCCAGCGGUGGAGGCGGCUUCAUGAAUAAGAUUCUUGCGGCCGGCGCCGGCCUGGGAGCUGGCGCGCUGGUUUCCAAGAUGAUGAAUCGGGGAGACAGGCGCCAUGAUGACGAAUAUUCGGCUGUUGCGACAGACACGCCAAGCCGCGUCCGCAGGCACCCGCCCAGAAGCGAGUUCACUGACUUCACCGAAAGCGAGUACACAGAGCGGACCGAGGACAUACGGAGGCACCCAAGCCGCCACGAAAAGGAAUCAUCAGUGCUGCCGGCGCCUCGUCCCCCUGCGGGCGGGAGGCCACCCAGACCUAUGACUCCACGACGCUCACGUGCUGGAACCUCGGCCCUUGACAGUACUGUUGAUGCCUCGGAUUAUUCGUCUUAUGUCAGCCCUUCUCGCAGGUCUCCUGUUGAACAAAGAAAGGGUGGAGGGGUGGGUAAAGGGUUGCUUGCUGGGAUUGGGUUGGGUUUCUUGGCCAAGAUGGGCAAGGACAGACGAGAUAGGAGAGAGGAAGAGCGGCUGCGGUAUGAAGAGGAUAGGCGGAGAGAGGAAGAGGAGGACAGGCGUGCUGGCCGCCGCGUCUCGAAAUACACGGGUGAUGGUUACCCUAGCCCGUCGAGACGCGAAUCAAGGCGUCGCCCACACCGCCCACGCCCUCCUCCAUCGGGGGUCACCAUGACGGAGACCUCGGUGAUGUCGGACGAGUCGUCGAUCGAACCACGCGGCAGUACUCCGUACGAUCCUGUACCGCCAAGCAGUGUUCGCCCGACUCCCGGUGCACCUCCUGUGCCUGGAACUCUGCCUGCCACGGCUCCGGUCCCGCCUCCGGCACCUAUACCAGCACCCAUUUCCCAGCCAGGCAUGGCGUCAGGGCAACACACCCGAUAUGACGUGUCGGAGCCGGUUGCAAUGCCACCGAUGCCCAAUGAUCCUCAUGGGAUCUUCCAUCAUGACUCGGAUGCCAGCGGGACCUACAACUCCCCCAGCAGCCGUCGGCGUAGACAAGAUGGCGACUCGGCUGCUGCCGCCGCCGCAGCAUCAGCCAGCGCGCUUGCGCUUGCAGAGGAGGAAGAACGACGCCGGCGAGGCGAGCGCGCACGCGACCAGAACUCGCAAGCGACCACAGCCCCCGUUAGUGUGCGCGUGCGCGUCCACGACGACCGAGACCGCAACAUCACCCUGCGGAUGCUCACAGACGAGGAAGCGCGCCGCGAGCAGAUGCGCCGCAGGCGUAACGACUCGGUCAGCAGUCACUCCGGCGGCGAGACACCCACCAACCGGCGCUACCGCCGCGACUCGUCCAGCCAGCGGCGCGCCGAGGCAGCUGCCGAACAACGCGUCGAGGCUGCUCACCCAGCUCCCUCCGCAACUGCCGAAACGCUCGACAGCGAGCCGAUUGCGCCGCUGUCGCCGCCGAACCCCGCGUUUGCGAGACGUGCCGGUGGCGGGAAAGACUCGGCCUAUUACUCCGGAGCGCCUGGUGCCCAUGGCAGCCCAGGGGUGGGGCCGUCCGGCGCGAUGCCUUCAGCGGGAGCGACUGUGUCAAGCUUGGCGAGUCCGGCAGGCUUGAUGAGCCCUGGUGGAAGCCAUGCCACGUUUACGAGCGGGCCGCUUACGGAUUCGGCCGCGGCAGAUAGGAGGAGGCGGAGGAGGCUGGAACGGCGGGACGGGAGCCGACAGCCUACGACGGUGGACUUUUCGUGAUCCUUUU